GUGCAGAUCGACCCCUCAGGUCUCUACAUCGCCACUUCCUGUUCGGACAAGAGCAUCAACAUCUUUGAUUUCUACUCUGGCGAGUGCGUGGCCACCAUGUUUGGACACUCGGAGGUGGUCACCGGCCUCAAAUUCAGCAGCGACUGCACUCGCCUCAUCAGCGUGUCAGGUGACAGCUGCAUCUUCGUUUGGCGUCUCAGUCCCGAGCUGACCUUGCGGAUGCGUCAGCGCGUGGCCGACCUGAGGCUUCCGGGCCGAGGCGCCGCCUCUCGCGACGCGCCUCGGCAGCGGUCGGGGAAGCCCCCCGGGGCGGCGGGGGCCCCUCGCGUCGUCGCCAUGUCGUCGGACAGCGACAAGGAGGAGGAGGAAGAGGAGGAGGCUGAGGCAUCACGUGACAGCAAGAUGGUGAGUUGACUUUUCAGCAUCGCUGUUUUUACAGAUUUUCUGAUUUGGGGGGCUCUUGGUGUCCAGGCACUAUGUUGACGUGAGCUAAGAAGUUUCAUCGUGACAAAAAGUGUACUCUUGCGCCCCCGUGUGCCGUAUUGAUGUUGAGAAAUGACUGAAGUGAGUAGAGGAGUUUCUUUUGGACAAAAUCAGUGCUUUGCCAUCACGUUGUGGUAUCAUGGUGUUGAGGAAUUAUGUCCAAGUGAGUUGAGGAGUUUUCUUUUGAA